AUGGCUGGCUACCCUGAAAAUUACCCCGAAUUAUCAGACAACUUCUCCUUGGAGGGUGAAGAGGCCGACUUAUCUCCGGCACAGAAACUGACACCAGCCACCCAGAAAGCCGAUAACUCACCCGUGACCACCGCAGUCCUGAAAUCGCUCCUCGCGGACUUACAGAGGACGUUCCAGACACAUGUUGCCACGCUCCGGGCCGACAUACACAGCCUGACGGGCCGAAUGGGAGCCCUAGAAUCUGCAUCCAGUGCCUGCUCGGACCAAAUCACUAUACUACAGCAAGAGGUCCAAGAACUUCAGCGACAGAACGUGGCGCAGGAACGCUGCUUUGCGGCCUUGGAGAAUGCAUGCCGGGCUAACAAUUUGAAGAUCCGGGGCAUCCCAGAGAAUAUACCAGCGGCAGAGAUGCCACAUGUCCUGAGAUGCCUCUUGGUGGCCCUGUUGAACCCAAAACAUGCCAGGAAUGUCCAACAGGACGGCUUCUUUCGAGCCCUGAAGCUGGCUAAUGCACCCGGUGCUCGGCGCCCCGGGACCUCAUAUUAA